AUGUCCGGCGGAGGACAACCUGAUUGCGGUGGAGGCACAGUGGUUGCCGUGCCUAAACCUAAUGCAGGUACUGGCAACAUUCAUCGUCCUCCCGGACCGUCACAAGUUGGCCGGGUACAUCAAGAACAAUUGGCUGUAUCUGGCCAGGUUCGACACCAAGCGACUUGGAGCCGAACACUACAUGGGCCUGAUCGAGGGGGGAUUGAACAGCCCCCUCACGAUACACGCUAUCUGCCGGAUGAGGCAGAUUCAACUGAUGGUCCACCAAGGUGGUUUCGGUGGGCCAUCCCACAUUUUCGGCGUAUCCGGCCCCAUAUACCAAGCCGUCAGAAGGGCAACCGGAUACGUCGCCAUGAUUUGCCCUGGCGCCGAACCAACGAAGAAAUGGAAGAAUCGCGUCACAUACUGACGCCAGCGGUCCCCUCAUCCGGCCCGAUUACCCGACCAACCAAUGCGCCGCAGUUGUACGUUAUGUCCCCUACCCCCAGCCCCGAACCCGAAGAAAUCCCCCGGCCCGCGAUCAACACUAACUCACUCCGUAUCCCUCAUGAGGAAAGGCAGCCAAAGACGAAACCCCAGCCACAAUUCCGGCUGCACGACAUCUCAACACUGCAGCCAGAACAUGCAGUCGAGCUGGCGGCACCAGCAUCGCCACCUUAUAAGAUUGCCGCCUGCCCGGUUGCAACAGGCCGACGACGGGCUUCAAAACCGUCUCGGCCUGGAAGCUCCACGUGCGCAAGGCUUCAUGUCACAGUUGUGAAAGGGAGCAAAUCCCGAUCAGCACUAAAUGAUCGGGAUGGAUCAUCAGUUUUGGAGGACAACAACGAUCGACUGUGCAGGAUUCGACUCGACGCGUCUACCCCACCGGCAAAAACGGUUUACUGUUAG